GAGAAGUGUUCCAAGCCUAAAAUUAGUGCCGUUAAAGUUGAUUAUGAUGGACAAUUUAACAGUUUCCUGCUGUAGAUUGUGUCUUCAGGAGCCUCCUUUGGAUGCGCUUAUAUUUUCCGUAUUCGAUACCUACCAGGGUAGUGUUUUAGUAAAUCUCAUUGACGAACUAUUCUCUGUGAAGGUUCAAAAAGCUGAUCGACUGUUGUCCGUUUGCCUAGAGUGUGUCAACCGUAUAAAUACGGUUCGCAAGAUGCGGCAACUUUUCAUCGAAAAUAAUCGUAAACUUCAAGCCUGGCUACAGGAUAACGCGAGUGUAGAUGAUAAAAAUGACACGUUCGAAGUGUACGAAGUUAGUAUGCCUGAAAAUGGACUGGCGCGACAAGAUACCGAAGCAGCAUCGGAUAAAAACCUAACAAACAUUGGAGAGAAACAAUGCGAAGAACUUCUAUCAACGCACGCUAGCAUAACGGAUAAAAACACGGAAAAAAUCAUGAUACUUAACAUCGAGGAAGCGUAUGAGGAUGAUUUCGGUGUGCUACUAACGAUAGAGCCAGAUCCCGAAAAUAGUUCCGGAAAUGAUACCCCAGAAGUACCUCGGCUUGAUGAACAAGCAGUUCCAGCAACAACAGUCGCACGUAUUCCGGUAAACAAAUGUUACUUUUGUGGGCGCAUCUUUCAAGACGCGAUCGAAUUUACCCAUCAUCUACCGGAACAUUUCACGCAAGUGCCUUACACGUGCAAGGAAUGCAACGGGCUAGUAUUCAAAUCGGUACGUGAAGCCAGCAAGCACAUCGGUAUGCAUGACAACAGUGAUCGGCCUUUUCAAUGUCGCGUCUGCCCGUUGCGUUUUGCAACGCGGUGCAAUAGUUUAACGCACGAGCGAAAAAUGCAUCGCUUCAAGACGAAACAAAAGCCAACGGCUGACAACUCCGGGCAAGGGGGCCGACAAAGGGCAAAACGGAAACCUUGCAAGAAUGACGAUCCAUCGGAACGAUCCGUUAGUCACACGUGCGAUAUCUGUCAGAAAAACUUUACGGCUAAGAAAAAUCUGACCCGUCACUUGAUGGUCCACACUGGUGAAAUGCCGUUCAAGUGUACCCAGUGCAAGCGAUCAUUUCGACAAGCGGGACAACUGAAGGCUCACCAUGCGGUGCAUCAGAGCCAAGAUUCGCAUAAAUGUGAUCAGUGCGACGCGACGUAUCGCAACUUUCCCAUGCUGGCAAAGCAUAGAAAAGCGGCACAUCCUCAGCGGUCGAAAACAUCCCGCCGCAGGCAGUCAUAAGUUCAUUAUUGAUCGCUUCGGCCUUCAAGCUACUGCCAAAGGAAACUGUUCCUCUCCACGACAAGGAAAGUUGUAUUCAUUGGAAAAAUGGAACUACGCUCCCGGAUAGCAAAAUGUGUCGCCAUGGAGGCAUAGUAGCUUGUGUCCUGCAGACGCCGCCUUCUGGGAUGAUCUAUCUGGUCCAACGAUCCUUGCAGACAUUGUUUUCUAUGUGUCCAGUUCAACACUUAGGUCCAGAUUAUCGUUGAGUGUUUCAUUUCGUGGCGGUGCUUUUUGCCCUAGUGACCCUUUUCUGUGGCUAACAUUAAUGAAUUAGCAUUCUCGAUUUAUUCCGAAGGAGCUUCAUCAGGCCAAUAUAUCUCUUCAGUUGUGCUGUAAGUAAGAAUCUAAUGUUUAAACAAUAAAGUGCAAGCCCAUGAU